AUGUUCGCAGCUCAGAUUUCCAAAACUGAUUUGCUGACUUUUCCUAAGUAUGCGAAAAUUGUUGGCGACGGUGAAGGUACAACACUGCCACCGUGUCCCGAGCCGAAUGGCACGAUGUUUACAACAAUGGCACCUACAACUACCACAACAGUAGUACCUCCUCUCCCAGUUUGCUCUACCAUGGCUGCAGCUAGCACCGAAGCGCAAACGCAAACGCAGCCGCAAAUGCAGACGUCACCACAACCGCCAGAAGGGACAACUGGUAAAGACGGGAGCCCUAGUACAGGUCAAAACUCACCAACGACAGUUGGUGGUACGAGUCCGGGAUCUUUGGGAAGCACUACUAAGGCGGCUCCACUGGAGGAGAAUCUAGCGGAAGUAAGCGACUCAACGGCAUCGACAGGGACGGAAAGAACAUCAUCGGAGGCGGACAUUCUUGGUGGUUCCACGGCUUCGUCUGCCACAGUGGCGGAAGAGCAAACUACUGCACAAGUGCAAUGCGUAGAUCCAGAAGCUGUUGCAAGUAAGUCUCUAGAGAAAACGUCUAAAAAGCUAAAGUCUAAAGCUGGUAAAUCACUUCAAAAACUGGGUGCGCCUAAAGUUGCACGUGCCCACACCGUGUCAGCGCCGUGUAACGCCAUGCUAUGUUGUGCCGGAGCGUCGAUUAAUCAAUACUGCAAAUGCGCUCUAGCUCAGCGUUAGCA